AACAUGCUGCUUUUGAGGAGGAAACUUCUCCUGAAGGGAUUCCGGAACAAGAGAAAAUAUUCUCAGAUGAUCCAAAGGAUAUGUGUAUAUGCGCGUGUAAGGUGUGUGGAGAUGAACAUCUUCAUCAUCUUAUCAUGAAACACAUCAGGAAGAAGCAUGGUGUCAGCAGCAAGGAUAAUUACCAGUUCACUAAACUUAUAUAUUACAAGUGUAAAGUUUGCGAGACUGAUUUCCCGUUUUCAAUGUUAAACAUUAGCAAUCAUCUCAUUCAAAACCAUAAACUUACCAUGACGGAGUAUAAGAGACAAUAUCCAGCUUUCUCAGGUGUAGAAAUGCUGCCCCCGCCCCCCAAGGAGGAGGAAAGAGAGAAAAUUUUCACUGAUAAUCUUGAUGAAAGAUGCAUCUGCAGGUGUAAUGUAUGCGGGAAGGAGAUGUAUCAGGAUAGAUUAGGAAAACACUCAGAGUUGAAUCACAAGUCUAAACCUGGGAGUGGAGGAAGGAAUGAGUUUGUGCUCAAGACCUAUCACAGGUGCCGGGUGUGUGAAUCUGAACUACUGUUUAACCUGCAGGGUAUACGAAAACAUGUCCGUAGAGCACACAAUAUGUCCAUGGACGAAUACAAGGUUACAUAUUCACCCUUCACUGGGGGGAAGGGGAUCAGGAAGGGUCGCCCCUCUAAGAAGAAGACCCUGAAGGAGUUGAAGUUGAAGAAGAAGAGGAAGGCGGAGGAGGGGGAGAGGUAUAUGUUCCAUGCUAUGGAUGAUAAUGAGCUAGAGAACAAGGCAGGGGUAUAUAUUUUUUAUGAUAAAUCACUCCUCCCCUCCACCCUUACUCGAAUGAGUAUUAAAUAACGAAAAAGAUGUACA